CGCCCGCCGCGCCUCAGCAGUUCCGGGUCAGGGCGGCCGGCAGCUCCAGCGUCUUGCGGCUCCGGUCAAGGGAAGAGGAACAGGAUCCCGAGGCGCCGGAGAGGCCUCUGGCCGAAGCUAAGGCGGGUAUGGAUAAGCAAGACACAUCUUCAUUAACUGAUGUGGUAGAGCAAGUCGCAAAGCAACAGCAAUCACAAACCUCAGAAAUAGAGAAAAACAAAAAGCUUCUGUUUAGUUUGCAGAAUGAUCUUCAUGAGCUUGAAAAACAAAUAGCAGCAGUCUCUACGGAAAGUAAAGAAAUGGAGAGGCAAAUUUAUCAACAAGACACUGCCAUCGAGAACACCAAACUUCAGUGUGGAAGCCUGGAAGCACAAAUCAAAUCCUUACAUACAGAAAACAUACAGCUUAAAUUUGACGUGGAAACAGCCCAGGAAGAAUUUGAGGAAAACAUGAUAAAAUAUAAUGCAUAUUAUGCAAAAAUAAAAGCAUACAGAGAUAGUUUUGGGGAGAGAGAAAGCAAAUCAUCAUUUAUGACCGAGCUACAUGAAAAACAGAAUCUUGUUAAAAAACUAAAGAAAAUGAAAGAGGAACUUAAGCAAGAUCUCCAAAAUCCAGAAAGGAAUCGAAUAACACAAGUACAGGAAGACAUUGCAAAGCUAAAGGAUAAAAUUUUGACUGUGAAAGAAUCUAUCCUUGAAAAAACUUGUUUUAUUGAGGAAGAAAAAAAGACACAUGAAAAAUUAAGAAAAGAAAUAGAGGUACAACAUAAGAGAUAUGAUGCAAUUCUAAAACGUCUGCAUUGUCAGGUGAACAAGAUUCAGUCAAAUAGAAGACAAUGGCAAUGGGACAUUCAACAGCUCGAAAAAACUGCAACGGAACUGAGAAAACGUGUUGGAGUGCAGGAAUAACAUUGCCAGAAGACAAUGUAGAACAGAGA